AUGAGAGAGUACGGAACGGCAUGUGAGUUUAGUUGGAUUUCAGCUUGUUUCCUUUAACAGUUUAUCUGGUUUCUGGUGUUUGUUUCACUUUUUUAGAUUAUUAGCCUGUGUGCGUGUUUGGGUGUGUGUGUGUGCGUGUGUGUGUGUGUGUAUAUGUGUGUGACAGUGAAGAGUCUACUGUUGUUAUCAGCUGUAUUUGCUUGAUGUUUAUUUUAUUUUGGAUUGUUGAACUGUGCAGAAUGCGUCCUCCUGUCCUACAGUACAGUACACUACAUCUCUGUAAGGUACGGUAUGUUCCGGGUAUGUUCCUGUGUUUUCUACUACUCUUUAAAUAGAGAACACUUGUUGCUCUUCCCCCAGUGUAUUAGGCGAUCGAAUUGUCCCACAUGUAACAGGCAUCACUGUGCUAGCUUAGCAGUAUAGCUUCCUUCACUGUGCUAGUUUAGCAGUAUAGCUUCCUUCACUGUGCUAGCUUAGCAGUAUAGCUUUCUUCACUGUGCUAGCUUAGCAGUAUAGCUUCCUUCACUCUGCUAGCUUAGCAGUAUAGUUUCCUUCACUGUGCUAGCUUAGCAGUAUAGCUUCCUUCACUGUGCUAGCUUAGCAGUAUAGUUUCCUUCACUGUGCUAGCUUAGCAGUAUAGCUUCCUUCACUGUGCUAGCUUAGCAGUAUAGUUUCCUUCACUGUGCUAGCUUAGCAGUAGAGCUUCCUUCACUGUGCUAGCUUAGCAGUAUAGCUUCCUUCACUGUGCUAGCUUAGCAGUAUAGCUUCCUUUACUGUGCUAGCUUAGGAGUAUAGCUUCCUUCACUGUGCUAGCUUAGUAGUAUAGUUUCCUUCACUGUGCUAGCUUAGCAGUAUAGCUUCCUUCACUCUCCCUGCCCACUUCCUGGGCUCGAACUGGUGAUCCUCUGCUUUGCAGACACACAUGACAGCCCCCCUUGACAAGGUCUUAGCAAGCUUUACCACCAAAAAGGUACCAAUUCAGUGACACAGGUGGAGAAAUGUCAAACUGUUGAGUGAGGUAUAUGCUACGAUCUUAACCCGGUUACACAAUCAGAGGAAUAUUACAUUUAUAUACGAUCACGUGUCUCUUUAUUAUGUGUGAGAACACUUGGGUACAUAUUUCCAAAAUAAAGAAUAAAUCACUUGGAGCUGACUUCCUGGUGUUUUUACAGUGUUUUAUGUCCAACAAUGGCAAUAAAAAAAUAAAAAAAAUAAUAAUAAUAAUAAUUGGGGGCCCAAAUAAGACCAAAUUGUUGGGGAACGCUGCCCUAUAUACUGCACUACUUUUGACCAGAUCUCUGAUUUAAAAAAACAGUGCACUAUAAAGGGCAUAGUAAAUAGAGCCAUCGUCAAAAGUAGUGGCAUAUCAUCCAUAGGCAUUAUCACCAUGAUUAUAAUUAUCCUGAUGAGACGUUCAACCACAACAAAGACAUUAGGGGAGAUGGAAAAUCCCGCGGAGGUGUUUAAUACAUGUAAUACAUCUAGUCUACUGAUACAGAAGAUAAAGGCCGCAUCCCAAAUGGCACGCUAUCCCCUAUGAGCCCUGGUCAAAGGUAGCAGUGUUUAGGGAAUAGGGUGCCGUUUGGAACGCACCCUAAGUAGAUGAAAUACAGAGAUCUAAAACCGUUAGUGGGUGUUUCAUUGGUUUCCAUUCACCUCCUACAUGUUGUGAUUCAUUCAUUCUUUCAUUAAUUUACCUUAUUCUUUUCCGUCCAUCUCUUCCCAUUGAUCUGUCUGUUGUUUGUUUGUGUGUGUGUGUGUGUGUGUGUGUGUGUGUGUGUGUGUGUGUGUGUGUGUGUGUGUGUGUGUGUGUGUGUGAGUGUGUGUGAGAUCAGGGAAGUGUAUAGACAGUUCAGUUAAGACUGACUCUCAGCCUGACACUCCUGCCCCUCAGCCUGACACACCCCUUGUAUUUACCAUCACAACUUAGUUAUAGAACACUGAAACCCUGAAUGAUGUGGUUUGAGUGAACCCAUGUUGUCCUUCUGAAUGAUGUGGUUUGAGUGAACCCAUGUUGUCCUUCUGAAUGAUGUGGUUUGAGUGAACCCAUGUUGUCCUUCUGAAUGAUGUGGUUUGAGUGAACCCAUGUUGUCCUUCUGAAUGAUGUGGCUUCAGUGAACCCAUGUUGGGUUUCUUCUCUUCUUCACUAAUCGUCAGUGUUAAUCUCAAUCAUGUCUAACUGUUGUGAAUAAUGUCUGUAUUAUAAAAAUAUGACCAGAUACACAACAUUGUCGAACUAAAACUAGCCUAAAAGCAUAACUUAGCCUAGCAUGAAAAUAGCUGGCCAUGGCAUCAUGUGUAGAGAGAUUUAGAGAUGUACACACUGCUCUGUUUCAGCUCAUCCCUCACUCCUCUCUCCCUCUAUCUCCAAUUCCUUCAUCCCCCUCUCCUGUGUAUGUGUGUAGUGGCCCACUGUCUCCCUCUGGUGGACAUAGACAGAACAGCAUCACUGUCCAAAUGGAGCAUGUCUCCCUCUUGUGGACAUAGACAGAACAGCACCACAGUCCCAAUGGAUCAUGUCUCCCUCUUGUGGACAUAGACAGAACAGCAUCACAGUCCCAAUGGAGCAUGUCUCCCUCUUGUGGACACAGAAAGAACAGCAUCACAGUCAUAAUGGCACAUGCACGGAUUCUGUUUCAGCUUUUUCUCCUUUUGGCAUGCAGUUUGUUUGUGAAUAUCUUCUGUUCUCUUUUAUUUUAUUCAUAUUCAUUGCCUCCAUUCCUUCCUCCCUCCCUCCCUCCCUCCCUCCCCCAGCCUCUAAGCUGCCAGACCUAUUUGGAGUUGUACGCAGGGCGUCAGGGCCCAUGUCUGACGGGGAGGGUGGCACUAGCACACCUCCACCCCCUCCAGCCGCCCCCUCCGCCGCCUCCCCACCCAUGGUACACACCCCCAUGCAGCGUAAGUAUAGGGGUCGGCAGGUAGCUUAGUGGGUAAGAGCGUUGUGCCAGUAACCGAAAGGUCGCUGGUUCUAAUCCCUGAGCCGACUAGGUGAAAAAUCUGUCGAUGUGCCCUUAAGCAAGGCACUUAACCCUAAUUGCUCAUGUAAGUCGCUCUGGAUAAGAGCGUCUGCUAAAUGACUAAAAUGUAAAAAUGGCCAAAUCAAGUACAUUAUGUAGGUGAUGGGGACAGGGUGUCAUUUGCAAUGUAGAUAUUUAGACAAGCAGCGCUGCGUUCCAAAAUGGCACCGUAUUCUCUCUCAUAAAAAAUAAUCUGUUCAGUUUUGUUCUAUUAUGUGUUUUUUGAGAGGUUUUCAAUCAAUCACAUUUAUUUAUAAAGCCCUUUUUACAUCAGCAGAUGUCACAAAGUGCUUACACAGAAACCUAACCUAAAACCCCAAACAGCAAGCAAUGCAGAUGUAGAAGCACGGUGGCUAGGAAAAACUCCUUAGAAAGGCAGAAACCUAGGAAGAAACCUAGAGAGGAACCAGGCUCUGAGGGGUGGCCAGUCCUCUUCUGGCUGUGCCGGGUGGUGAUUAUAAGAGUACAUGGCCAUUAAGGCCAGAUUGUUCUUCAAGAUGUUCAAACAUUCAUAGAUGUCCAGCAGGGUCAAAUGAUAAUCACAGUGGUAGUAGAGGGUGCAACCGGUCAGUACUUUAGGAGUAAAUGUCAGUUGGCUUUUCAUAGUCAAGCAUUCAGAGGUCAAGACAGCAGGUGCGGUAGAGAGCGAGAGAGUCGAAAACAGCAGGUCCGGGACAAGGUAGCAUGUCCGGUGAACAGGUCAGGGUUCCUUAUGGGGCUCCCGAGUGGCGCAGCGGUCUAAGACACUGCAUCUCAGUGCUUGAGGCGUCACUACAGACCCCCUGGUUUGAUUCCAGGCUGUAUCACAACUGGCCGUGAUUGGGAGUCCCAUAGGGGCCCAGCGUCGUCCGGGUUUGGCCGGUGUAGGCCGUCAUUGUAAAUAAGAAUUUGUUCUUAACUGACUUGCCUAGUUAAAUAAAGGUAAAAUUAAAAAAUAAUUAAAAAUAGCCGCAGGCAGGGCCAACCAGACAGGACAUGUAUCAUAAUCUUCAUUCUAAGUCUGUUUCAUAUGGAACAUGUUCCUUUGUUUGCGUUCUUUAUACUUCCAUUCACCAUUUUGUUUUCUGAUCUGUUCUACCCCUACACCUUCUCCCUCUCUUUUUAUUUUUUCUCUCUCCUGCUCUAUCUUUCGGUCGCUCUCUCUCCAUCUCUCCAUCCCUCUCUAUCUCCUGCGACCAGUAUCCCGUCUCUCAGACCUAGUGAGCAAUGUUCGCCGGUCGUCCGCCCCCGCCCCCACCCCACCUGCGCCCGCCGAGGCAGAGGUGGUACCAGCUCCCAGGCCCACCCCCCCACCAUCACACCCCAUCUCCCCUCCUCCCCCCAUGUCCCUCUCCAGCCUCUCCCUCACCUCUCAGAGUGAGUACUCAGCAUGACCCCUGACCUCAAAGCAUCCGCCAAUCAAAUGGCUGUGUGGGUUUAUACCCACAGUGCACGCUGUGACGCCGGUCACUCAGCACCCCGACUUGUGUGAUAAACCCUAACGACUGUUUCCCCUGCCAUUAUACCAGGCGAGGCAGGCCUCUUACCUAGCUCAGUUGGGUAAAAAUUGGCCUCUAGGCCAUAUAGGUUUGAAUCUAUUGUUUUGGUGUUUACAGCGUGAUUUGAGUGUUGCUCUAGACGCCUUUUUUGCUUUAGGGCAUUUAAAAGACUGUAAUGUCGCCGCAGUGGAUUGAGGCCAUUUUAUGGGCUCCUGACCAAUUAUGCUAUUUUGUCAGUUUUUUUAUGCUGAUCUUAACUUUUUUUGUACAUAAUGUCUCCACCAUAAUUUCCUAUAACCAAAAAUGGCUUCUGGACAUCAGAACAGCGAUCAUUAACCUCGAUUUGGAUGAAGAUUUCUACUUCAACGAGUCGGAAGUUCUGGACGUCCUGCUACAGGACUGUUUCAAUAGCACAGGCUGGAAUAUGUUCCGGGACUCAUCCGAUGGCAUUGAGGAGUUUACCACAUCAGUCACCGGCUUCAUUAAUAAGUGCAUCGACGACAUCGACCCCACAGUGACCGUACGUACAUAUGCCAACCAGCAGCAAUGGAUUACAGACAACCUCCCCACUGAGCUAAAGGCUAGAGCUGCCACUUUCAACGAGCGGGGCACUAAUCUGGACUCUUAUAAGAAAUCCCGCUACAACCUCCGACGAGCCAUCAAACAGGCAAAGCAUCAAUACAGGACUAAGAUCGAAUCCUACUACGCCGGCUCUGACGUUCGUCGGAUGUGGCAGGGCUUGCAAACUAUCACAGAUUACAAAGGGAAACCCAGCCGCGAGCUGCCCAGUGAUGCAAGCCUACCAGACGAGCUAAAUGCCUUUGCUUCGAAGCAAGUAAUACUGAACCAUGCAUGAGAGCACCAGCUAUUCUGGAAGACUGUGUGAUCUCGCUCUCCAUAGCCAUUGUGAGUAAGACUUUUAAACAGGUUAACAUUCACAAGGUGACGGGGCCAGAUGGAUUACCAGGAUGCGUACUCAGAUUAUGUGUUGAUCAGCUGGCAAAUUUCUUCAUUGACAUUUUCAACCUCUGCCUGACCCUGCCUGUAAUACCUACCUUUCAAGCAGACCACUCUGAUCUGUAGCUAUGAAAUGCUUUGAAAGGCUGGUCAUGGCUCACUUCAACUCCAUCAUCCCAGACACCCUGGACCCACUCCAAUUCGCAUACCGCCCCAACAGAUCCACAAAUGGCGCAAUCUCUAUUGCACUCCACACUGCCCUCUACCACCUGGAUAAGAGGAACACCUAUGUAAGAAUGUUGUUCAUUGACUACAGCUCAGCGUUCAACAUCAUAGUGCCCUCAAAGCUCAUCACUAAGCUAAGGACCCUGAGACUGAACAACUCCCUCUGCAACUGGAUCCUGGACUUCCUGACGGGCCACCCCCAAGAAGGAAGAACACAUCUUCCAUGCUGACCCUCAACAUGGGGGCCCCUCAGGGGUGCGUGCUAAGACCCCUCCUGUACUUCCUGUUCACCCAAGAUUGUGUGGCCACGCACGACUCCAACACCAUCAUUAAGUUUGCUGAUGACAUGACGGUGGUAGACCUGAUCACUGACAACAAUGAGACAGCCUAUAGGGAGGAGGUCAGUGACCUGGCAGGACAACAACCCUUCCCUCAACGUCAGCAAGAUGAAGGAGCUGAUCGUGAACUACAGGAAAUGGAGGGCCAAGCACCCCUCCGCUGUAGUGGAGUGGGUUGAGAGCUUCAAGUUUCUUUGUGUCCACAUCACUAAGGAAUUACCAUGGUCCACACACACCAACACAGCCGUGAAGAAGGCACAACAACGCCUCAUCCCCAUAAUUUUUUACAUGCUCUUAUCCAGAGCAACUUACAGGAGCAAUUAGGGUUAAGUGCCUUGCUCAAGGGCACAUCGGCAGAUUUUUCACCUAGUCGGCUCGGGGAUUAGAACCAGCGACCUUUCGGUUACUGGCACAACGCUCUUAACCACUAAGCUACCUGCCGCCCAUCAGGAGGCUGCAUCACCGCUUGGUAAGGCAACUGCUUGGCAUCCGACCGCAAGGCGCUACAGAGGGUAGUGCGUACGGCCCAGUACAUCACUGGGGCCAAGCUCCCUGCCAUCCAGGACCUAUAUUGCAGGGGAUGUCAGAGGAAGGCCCUAAAAAUUGUCAAAGACUCCAGCCACCCAAGUCAUAGACUGUUCUCUCUGCUACAGCAUGGCAAGCGGUACCGAUUCAGUCUGGAACCAACAGGACCCUGAACAGCUUCUACCCCUAAGCCAUAAGACUGCUAAAUAGUUAUCCAAAUAGCUACCCGGGCUAUUUGCAUUGACCCCUCUUUGCACUAACUCUUUUAACUCAUCACACAUACUGCUGCUACUGUUUAUUAUCUAUCCUGUUGCCUAGUCACUUUACCCCUACCUAUACUCUAUGCAUAUACUGUAUCUACCUCAAAUACCUCGUACCCCUGCACAUCGACUCGGUACUGGUACCCCGUGUAUAUAGCCAAGUUAUCGUUACUCGUGUUAUCUUUCUAUACUUUUUCUAUUUUUCUCUCUGCAUGGUUGGAAAGGGCUCGUAAGUAAGCAUUUCACUGUUAGUCUACACCUGUUGUUUAUGAAGCAUGUGACAAAUAAAAUGGAUUUGAUUGACCUAGCUAGGGAAAACAAGGACACAACUAACUGUGUGGUGAUUUUUUGCUUGUUGGAAGUGAAAAUUGUGAAUUGUGUGGUUUCACAUGUAGCAACUAACAUUAAGUGCAGAGUGAUAUUAUGCCAGAUGGAAUCAAAGCGGUUCUGGGUUCAGCUGUUAGUGAUCAACAGUUUGUGUGUUCAGUUGUGAGUUAUCAACAGUUUGUGCGUUCAGCUGUGAGAGUUAUCAACAGGUUGUGCAUUCAGCUGUGAGAGUUAUCAGUUUGUGUGUUCAGCUGUGAGUUAUCAACAGGUUGUGCGUUCAGCUGUGAGCGUUAACAACAGUUUGUGCGUUCAGCUGUGAGUUAACAACAGUUUGUGCAUUCAGCUGUGAGCGUUAACAACAGGUUGUGCGUUCAGCUGUGAGCGUUAACAACAGGUUGUGCGUUCAGCUGUGAGCGUUAACAACAGUUUGUGCAUUCAACUGUGAGAGUUUUCAACAGGUUGUGCAUUCAGCUGUGAGAGUUAUCAACAGGUUGUGCAUUCAGCUGUGAGAGUUAUCAACAGGUUGUGCGUUCAGCUGUGAGCGUUAACAACAGGUUGUGCGUUCAGCUGUGAGCAUUAACAACAGUUUGUGCGUUCAGCUGUGAGAGUUAUCAACAGGUUGUGCGUUCAGCUGUGAGAGUUAUCAACAGGUUGUGCGUUCAGCUGUGAGAGUUAUCAACAGGUUGUGCGUUCAGCUGUGAGAGUUAUCAACAGGUUGUGCGUUCAGCUGUGAGAGUUAUCAACAGGUUGUGCGUUCAGCUGUGAGAGUUAUCAACAGGUUGUGCAUUCAGCUGUGAGAGUUAUCAACAGGUCGUUCUUGUGUGUAGUUGUGCUGGUGGUUGAUACAGGAUGGUUGGGGUGUGUGCGUAUGAGGUGGAUACUCACUGCACUCCACUAGUUCUCUCCACUUGUGUGUGUGACUCUGUCCUUCUUUCCUCCUACAGCACGUAAACAAGAGAUCAUUAAGAUCACUGAACAGCUGAUCGAGGCUGUCAACAAUGGAGACUUUGAGGCAUACUCGUGAGUUAAUUUGAGUGUGAGAGAGGGUCUGAGUGUGUGUGUGUGUGUGUGUGUGUGUGUGUGUGUGUGUGUGUGUGUGUGUGUGUAUGUAUGUGUGAGCGAGAGACUGGGCGUGUGAGAGAGAGUCUCUGUGUGUGUGAGAGAGUAUGUGUGUGUGAGAGAGUAUGUGUGAGAGAGAGAGUCUGUGUGAGAGAGAGAGUCUGUGUGAGAGAAGGAGUCUGUGUGUGAGAGAAAGUCUGUGUGAGAGAGGGUCUCUGUGUGUGAGAGAGAGAGUACGUGUGAGAGAGAGAGUCUGUGUGAGAGAAGGAGUCUGUGUGUGAGAGAAAGUCUGUGUGAGAGAGGGUCUCUGUGUGAGAGAGAGAGUACGUGUGAGAGAGAGAGUCUGUGUGUGGGUAGCUACAAACGAGAAGUGGGAGGCUUUGAUGAUUGGUUUAGUCAUUUUUAGUGUGAGCAUGUAUCUUAAUGUGUGUGUGUGUGUGAGAGACAUUGACGUGUGUUAGUCUCUCUCCACAGUAAGAUCUGUGAUCCUGGUCUGACCUCCUUUGAGCCUGAGGCCCUGGGCAACCUGGUAGAGGGAAUGGACUUCCACAGAUUCUACUUUGACAACCGUAAGAACAGCAACAGAGCACUUCUCAUAACUUGAGUUAAUACUAGUUAGUAGACCAAUGGACACAAUGUUCUCUCUCUCCUUUUUCCUCUCUCUCUGUCUGUCUCUGUCUCUAUCUCUGUCUCUGUCUCUGUCUCUGUCUCUCUCUCUCUCUCUCUCUCUCUCUCUCUCUCUCUCUCUCUCUCUCUCUCUCUCUCUCUCUCCCUCCCUCCCUCCCUCCCUCCCUCCCUCCAGUCCUGUCUAAGAACAGUAAACCUAUCCACACCACCAUCCUCAACCCCCACGUCCACCUCAUUGGAGAGGAUGCCGCCUGUAUCGCCUACAUCCGCCUCACCCAAUUUGUUGACGUCCAGGGCCAUCCGCGCUCCAGCCAAUCAGAGGAGACUAGGGUGUGGCACCGCCGGGACUCCAAGUGGCAGAAC